GACUAUGCUAGCGCGCAUGCGCGUGUAGGUAAAUAGCUCGUACUUGCAAUUUAAAUCUUCUGGUGCGAUAAUACUGUAAAUAGCAGCAAAUUUGAGGUUAACUGAAUCAUUACCCAUGAUUACGCGAGUACAGCGUAAAAUGUUAUGCUACUUAAAAAACAGAUGUUGAACAAUAUGAAAGGCUUUGAGUUAAUAGCACAAGGCGCUGAAGCUCGCGUGUACAAAGGUAUCUACUUAGGAAAGCCAACGUUAAUUAAAGAAAGAUUUGAGAAGAAGUACAGGCAUGCCGAUUUAGAUAUUCGUCUUACUAAAGAUCGAAUAAAAGCUGAAUGUCGCGCUAUAGUCCGAGCUAAAGCUGCGGGAGUAGCAACGCCAGCUAUAUACUUAGUAAGUUUAGAACGACGAUCCAUUUACAUGGAAUAUAUAGAUAAUGCAGUGAUAUUAAAAGAUUUUAUUUAUAAAAAUAUAUCAAAGAAAUCGGAUGUUGAUAAUUUAUUAAAUUUCGUAACUCAAGGACUUGGAAUGGUUAUUGCUCAGUUACAUUCAAAAAAUAUCAUUCAUGGAGAUUUAACUACUUCAAAUGUACUUGUUAAAAAUGUUGAAGAUAUAAACGUUGAAAACUGUGAUGUUGUAAAUAAUUUCGUUAUGAUAGAUUUUGGAUUAGCUCGUGUGGAAUCAAGCGUGGAAGAUAAAGCAGUUGACUUGUAUGUUCUUGAACGAUCAUUGAAUAGCGCACACUCGGAAAUACCUGAGUUAUUUCCAAAAAUAUAUAAGACUUAUCAAAAGUAUUAUACAAAUAAAAAUCAAUGUAAAGAAAUUAUUUCUAAAUAUAACGAAGUGCAGGCCCGGGGACGAAAGCGAUUAAUGAUUGGAUGACUCCAAUCUGUUUUAUACGAAUUUAUUGAACACAUUUCAUUAUUUAUGAUAAUUCAUCAAUGUAAAAGCCUGAAUAAAUAAAUUGUCUUACAUAAAA